UUUUUACACUCCUAGAACAAGACUAUCAUGUGAGAAAGCAUUGGCUCAUCCCUGGAUAGCUUUAUUUGAUGACUCAAACUCCAGAUCAACCAAAUCCCUUAACAAAGACAAGAUGAGACGGUUCCUGGCCCGACGGAAAUGGAAGAAAACCGGUAAAGCCCUGCUUGCUCUGAAAAGGAUGGUUCGCUGCAGCAAAUCUGAUGCACUGCAUUCUCCCUCCAUUUCUGUAGAUGCGAAUGCUCUGAGGAAAGAAGCCGAACAAGCUGUGGCAUCUCUGGAAAAACAGUUAUGGAGUGAACCAUGUUUCCAGCGAGCCCUGCAUGACCUCACUGAGAGCUGCGGAGCCACGGUGCACCUGGCCUGUACAAUACAAGGAUAUCCUGAACCUGAAGUGGUUUGGCUGUUUGAUGAAGCGCCGCUGGAGAAGACCAGACGCGUUCAGAUGCAUUAUGAUAAGAACGGCACUUGCACACUCACCCUUGCUCAAGUACAACCAGGGGAUUCUGGGAUUUACAAAUGCUGUGCGUCCAACAGCCUGGGGCAGGCGCGGUGUUCUGCCAGACUCACCGUGCAACUCUAGAACAUCAAAUCUAUGAUGUGAAGUGUAAAGAAAAUUGCAGAUUUCUAAUGCGAAAUGGAAUA